CAUUUGUAGCCCAAAAUUGCUGACAAAAUUCCCAACAAAUUUCAGUUCCAAUGGAUAACAAAGGCAACAAUCUCACGCAAUAUGAUGGCUGUGAUCUUUUGUGCACAAGUCCAACCAUUAUGAAAUUCAACGCGCCCUACAAUAGCAGCCAGAGACGUAUACUGACCCUAAUGAAUCUCUUUCCGAAGCCAGUGCUCUUCAAGGUGAAGUCAAAUGCGUCGAAACAGUACCACGUGGAAGGCUGCACCGGCCGGCUAGAUCCCUACAGCAGCUUCGAGGUCAACAUUACCUUAAAGUACUUUGACUUCGAUGCCGAGUGCCAGUAUGAUCAUCACUUCAGAAUUCAGUCGAUCGUGUGCCCGUUUAGUUUUGUCCAACAGGACAACAACUCUAUUCUGGCCUUCUUUAAGCAGAUUCACCGCUCGAGGCUUUCCAAUGCGCGCAUCGACGUUUUUCUGGAUGCCAAUCCCGUGUCGCCUCCAGCCAAGUCGCCACUGGACUCUGUGGCCAUGGGACUGCGGAAGGCCUCACAGCGUGUGAUUGCCAGCCAGGUAGCAUCUCUGGUAUCCAACCGCCAGAAGGAGACCGACAAUGAGGUCCAUCUCUGCAAUCGUACCAACAUAACCACGGAGUCCCUAAAUGGAUCGGAUUCGCUUCUGUUCUCCAUUCGUACAAAAAUCCGUGUAAGCCUGAGCGAGUUUCCAAGUAUGUUUCAGUGCUUCAUAUUCUGCGGAGCCGUAGUUGCAGUUUUAGUGUUUUUCGUGCUGAUGAAUUCUGAGGAUAUAGAUGGGGGGUAUGGAGUUAUAUACUAAAUAUUUGAAGAACCAUC